GCGGUCCCAGCUGGCUUGGGCGCGGCGCAGGAGGCGCAGGGUGGAGCCGGCUGACGGCCCCGGACCCCGCCUCUUGCUGUUUUUCUGUCGCGCACGUCCAGACGACAAGUGUUUCCUUCGAGCGAGCGAGCGAGCACCGAGAAGACGACGAUGAUGCUUGCCGAGCCGCUGCGUUCGGCCGUGAGGUUGGGCAGCGUGGAUGAGACCUCCCUGGCUGUGCCGUCCGACGCCCGGCUGCACACGGGAGCGCACCGGGUGCUGGAUCAAGUGCAGACCAUCAAGAGGAGCAAGUCCAAACACGGCAAGAACGGCGCUGCUACAAGCCCUACUUUGCCAGCCUUGUCACCUCUGGACGAGUUUGGAACGUUCCAGUUUUUGCCGAGCAAAGCCAACGGCACCUUCGGCCGCAAUGUCUCCAAGAUGGCGACGUACAAUAAAGCGCAGUAUGCCCAAAAGAGUCGGUCUCUGUCCACCAAAAGCCUGGGAGCCAGACACCACAGCUCCUCCAGUGCAUGGGAUCAACAAAUCAACCCUUCCAACUGGCCUCAAAAUCCCACUGGGAUGAAACCCAGCCGCAGCGAUCCCGCUUUGGCUCCAGCAAGCAUCAGGAGAGUUAAAGGGCACACGAGCCAGAGUCACGUGAAGAGACUCAGCACACACUCAACGAGCAAUGGCUUCCACACAGCUGCGGGCCAGCAGCGAUUUUUGGAAGCGCCUCCCGACCACUCUCAGACCAUCAAAACGUCCAAGAUUGAACAACAAUCGGGCGUCAAUAAUUCCCUGAAUGUCUCAGACUUGACCAUCAAGGAAGCUGUAGAGUUCUUGUCUCGGCCUGAGGAGAAGUUCCAGCAGUGUGGUGCUACCAUCAUUCAGCAAACCACUUUUAAAGACGAUCGUGCCAAACACGAGGUUCUCCAGCUCGGGGGGAUCCCCACUCUUGUGUCCCUGCUGCGCAGUCCGAGUCCUGCCGUGAGCCAGGCCGCUGCCGGGGCCUUGAGAAACCUAGUCUUCAAGAACCACAAAAAUAAGCUACAGGUCCAGCAGUGCGGCGGCAUAGCGAAAGCGCUGCAGUUACUGAAGGAGACAGAAUGUAGCGAGACCCAGAAACAGAUCACAGGCCUGCUGUGGAACUUGUCAUCUGCCGACGAGCUCAAAGGAGAACUCAUAGCCACGGCCCUGCCCGCCCUGACGGAGAACGUGGUAGUGCCGUUCACCCGCUGGUCGGACGACAGCGCCACCAACAACAUCCACCCUGAGGUCUUCUACAACACCACGGGCUGCCUGCGCAACCUGAGCUGUGCUCACCUGAGGGAGCGGACGGCAAUGCGAGACUGCCGUGGACUUAUCGACUCCCUGAUGUGCUACCUUCAGUCCUGCGUUGCUGACGACAACCCCGAUGACAAGUCUGUGGAGAACUGUGCCUGCAUCCUCCAUAAUUUGACCUACCAGCUGGAGGCCGAGUCACCCAAGUGCUUUGCUGACUUCAUCCCUUUAACGGAGAGCCAAUCGGGCAGGAAAAGCCCCACAGUUGGCUGCUUCAGCCCCAAGAGUGGCAAGGUUCAAAAGCAGUUUUCAUUUGACGCUGUUCGAGGCAUGUUGGACGAAGGUGACCCAAAAGGUGCCAAGUGGUUGUGCCACCCCAAAGCCAUGCAGACCUACUUAUCUCUGCUGAGCUCGUCCCAGAAAGAUGCCACCUUGGAGGCGUGCUGUGGCGCACUGCAGAACCUAACUGCUAGCAAGGAACUGGGGUCCAGCGCCAUGAGCCAGAUUCUGGUCCAGAAGUUGGGGGGUCUGCUGCACAUUACCCCGCUGUUGAGGUCACCUAAGCAAAGCCUGCAGAAAGCCGCCAUUUCCCUACUAGGCAACAUCGGCCGAACCAGCAGCCUGCAAGCCUCCAUGGCAAAGCAGGUUUUGCCGGAACUCACCGGCCUCCUCUCUGCUGGCCCCAGAGAACUGGGCAACUCUGAUGAAAGCGUAGCCACGGCUUGCAACACAGUGCGGAAUCUGAUUAUGGCGGACACGGAGGCCAACAAGAAGUUUAUCGACAGCGAUUUGGUUUCAUCACUGGCUGGACUCAGCGGGAAUGGCGGUUUUCCCAAAAGCAGCAAAGCGGCGUCUGUGCUCCUCUACCAUUUAUGGAACGACAAGAACAUGCAAAGCAUUUUGAAAAAGUUAGGAAUGAGCAAGUCAUUAUUCAUCAACGACAGCACCACGGCAGCAUACAGGUCUGUGCAGAUUAUCGACUGAUGGAAGCCCAGCGAGCAAUGCUCCGUUUGCCCAGAGAUGAAAAACAGCAUGUUAAGACAGUGUCAAGGCCUCACCCUUGCAACACGGAGGGUAAAAUUACCACCUUCACCACCAAAGCGUUCAAAGAGCUUUAAAAAUUCAAAAACCUAUUAUUGCUAUAACGUGUAGGAAGAAGAAAAAAGCUUUUAACAUCAAGAAUCUUGCAGUAUAUGUAUUCAAUUUGAAUUGGUUUGCAUAAGUGUGUAUAAAUGGGCAAGUGUGUGUUUUUUUUUUUUUUUUUUUUUUGCUUGGUUAAUGUGUUUUUUUUUUUCUAAUGGCCUUAACCGAGUAGGUAAUAAAUAUAGUGAAAAAGGGUAAAUACUUACAAUCACAUCUUUCAAAGAUGAAUGUGAAUGGAAGUGUGGAAAAAAAUGGGAAUGUUUUUGUUGUUAAUUUAAUCCCUUUCACUCCCGAAACAUCAACUUUUAUUAAUAUUGGUAAACUAAGUUACUGCUUUUGAUGAUAUUAAAGAACUUAUCCCACAUAAUACAGUUAGCUUUGCUUAGCCUAGCCUAGCUUAGCCCAAGACUUUAAAUCAGGAGAAGAAACUUCUGUCUCCUCCAACCGUCACUAUUUAAAAUGUUCUAACUCAGUGGUAAUCUUUGACAUUAAACGGCACUAAACAUGUUACAUAUAUAUUAAGCCACUACCGACAACUUAUUAAACUCACCAUGACAGUAUAUUUACCAGUAUGUACAAUUAACUCUGAAUGUUUCUUUUCUGUUGCUACAAAAAGCCAAAAUCAAACGGUUAUCUUAUGUUUGUUUGCUCUUUUUUUUUUUUUUUUUGUAAACAUGUUCUGUUUUAUGAAUAAAUUGAGGAAUUAAAAAACAGUAUUACUGUCUUUUGGUGAUUAUUUUGUAUUGUGGCAAAGCUAAAGAUUUUUUAAAUAAAUGAAUUUGAGAAUACAAAUGGGGGAAAAAAAUUGAUACCCUGAUUGAUAGCAUCAUCGCGAUUGCAAAAGCAAUUUUUGGAAAACACUUCUGGUUUUGCAGAUUACCAUGACCUGCGUGACUGAGAAUCUAAACAGACAUAAAGAAAAAAAAAAGUUUUUAUUGCUCGUCUGACAGUAAAUUAAAAAUGAAUUGAGAAAUUUAUGCUAUUGGCCUAACAAAAUGAACAUGGUUGCAAAUCAUUGUUCACGCUUUUCAUUAAUAGAUUUAACUUGAAAUUUGAGACUCUUAAUUUCCCAUAGGCGUGAUUGUGAGUGUGACUGCUUGUUUGUUUCUAUAUGCCCUACUAUUGGCUGGCAUCCAGGAUGUACACCGCCUCCUCCCCGAAAAUAGCUGGUAUUGGCUCAGGCACUCCCGCGACCCUUGUGAGGAUAAGGAGCUCAGAAAAUGGAUGGAUGGAUUUAAUUCAACUCCUUUGACAUUUGAACACACUGAUUCUCUUAAGUUUGUCUGGAAAUGUAUAUAAUUUGAGCCAUACAAUUAUCAGCAUUUACUAUCACUCAGUCACGCAAUAACUGUACCUAAGCCUGCAAAAUACUACAAAAUAUGUAUAGUUUUGUGCUACAAAUGAUACAAAAAUGCAGGCAGAUAUUAACUGCUCUAUUUGUUUGGUUGUUUAUUAUAUCUCAAGUUGUAUUUUUUUUUUUUUGCUCAUUGAUGCUACAAUGUCUGGUGCUUUUUUAAGGUUGUUCAAUAACAGCAUGACUACAUGGUUCCUUUUACAAGAUGACUUUUUUUUUCUUCUAUCCAUCUAUACUGUAGUCUGGCAUUAUGUGCAGGAGGUGUACUUAAUAUUAAACAUUUCUAACAUUG